AGAUAAUCUUAUCACUCAACCCCUUUCCGGACAGACCGCUUUAGAUUUAUGCGAAUACUUAUUAAGUAGUAUCCAGUGCAGUUUUCAAUAAUCCUUUACACUUCAUGCCUUGGUCGUCGGUUUUCCGCGGGAAACCAUAAUUCACAAAAAAAAAAAAAAAAAAAAAAAGAUUGGUUUUGGUGUCUGGUUGUGCGUUUUGAAGACUAUCUCUCAGGAUAAACUCUUGGUUUUUAAACACAACCAAGAUGAAUCCCAUGACCAAUGUGAAGAACAUCAAGAAGCUGAGCGAACAGGACCUGAGCGGCAAGCUGAAGACGUCCUGGCACGACCAGUACAAGGACAGCGCGUGGGUGUUCGUGGGCGGCCUGCCGUACAACCUCACCGAGGGCGACAUCAUCUGCGUGUUCUCCCAGUUCGGCGAGGUGGCCAACCUGAACCUGGUGCGAGACAAGGCCUCGGGGAAGUCCAAGGGCUUCUGUUUCCUGUGCUACGAGGACCAGCGGAGCACAAUCUUGGCCGUGGACAAUUUCAAUGGAAUCAAGCUCCUGGGACGCACCCUGAGGGUCGACCACGUGGCCGACUACAAGGUGCCCAAGGACUCGGACAAGGUGGACGAGGUGACCCAGUCCCUCCGCGCCCACGGCUGCUCCCACGACCCCUCCGGCGUCCGCGGGGCCGGGCCGGACGAGGGUCCCGUCAGGAUCAAGGCAGAAUCAAGUGAUGAACAGCCUAAGAAGAAACGAAGUGAAAGGAGAAAUUAACAUACAUGAUGAAAACUACAGCGGUGACAUUGGCGUGGUUUGAAAUGUACCUGACGUAAGACACGAAAGAAAUUGCUGACCAGUGCGAAGAAGGUGGUCGGACUGACCGACGCUGGGGAGCUUCGUGAAGACGUCGAGGCACGGUGAUCCUUCGAGACAAGACCACAAACCAUAUUUCCCAGUGGUUUGUCAAUGUGUAGACUUGGAUGGCAGUCAGCACUGAAUCAAGCCUCCAGCAGUGAUCCACAUCUUGGGAGACACUGGUCUGUCACUGUGGCAGUGUCUCACAUUGUCGAGAGCCAGGACUUCGGGACCACUGUGCAACGAGCAUGUUAGGCCGAAGAAGCAGGCAGGAUAUUAUAUUUGAUUCAAAGUGCUCCUGUUUUUCACUGAUUCCGACGUCAAUCAUCACUUCAUCUACACUUCUUUGACAUCAUUUUAACAGCAACACAAGUGCCUGUAUGUUCUAUGUUGAAAAUUAUCUUGUUUUGUUAGAAAAAAAUGAAAAUGUUUUAUUUCAAGCACAAUUUUAUUUUGUUUAGUUCAAGAUCUUGCAUUCUUACAUUGAAUUCCACAGUAUCUCUUCAGUGGAAACAUCCUCGCACUACUUGGGGUUGGCCUACCUGAAGCGCUUCAGAACUAUAAACAGGUCUACGUAUUUCAGCGGCAUCUGUUUACGGAAAGCAUUUGAGAAGAUUGAGUCUUGUUUAAGUGACCUUUGCUUAUCAGACAUUCAGUAUUAUCCAAUUUCCCCCCCUCCCCCCGAAAAACAAGCAACUUAGUGAAGUCCUUUUUGUUGCUACCAACUACCACAACUAAUUAGUUAUGUACCUUUUUUUUUCCCAGUUAAUUUUUUCAGUUGCUCUGUUGAAAAACAUGAUUAUUAAGUAGUUAAUAUGUGAAAUGAUAACAUACACUAGUUUGACGAUGAAUAUUCUUUUUCUUAACACUUUCAGAUUAUCUAACAUUUUUGCUUAUCCGAAGUUCUGCCGGACAGUUUAUGUCAAACAAACGAGACACUACUGUAGAGUGUUUAAAAGCACCACAGUAUUAAUCAGAUGGUAACAUUUAAACUUAGAAAUCACACCACAAAUUAGCUGACAUAUUUAUAAUGUAGAAAGAUUUUAAAAAAAUCUCAGAAUUGUAUCAUUACAAUAAAAGCUGUAGGUGAGAGACUUUUUCAUAUCAUUUAAUUGAAUCAGAAAACCCAUUUUCAUGGAUAGCUUUCUAGCCAACAAAAAAAAAAAAUUUUAGUCGUGCUUUUUCACCAUAAACGGGUUACCUCAGUCAAAACAUUUAUUGAUUACGAUAAAGUGAUUUGACUUCAAAUAACUCGAGUAUACUUAGACCCAUUCUAAUGAAUUUAUAAAAUAAAAGCAAAAGAACGAAUCAUUUAAUGUUAAUUUAUGGGCGCCAACAACUUCUAAGAAGUUGUAAUAAAAUGAAUAUUUAUAUGAAUUAGAAGUAAACAAUAAAAGUGUGUGAAUGAGUUGACUUAAAUAUGAAUGCCACAAUAUUAGUAUCGUGAACGGAAAACAAAGGUUAUUACUUUUCAGUGUCAUUCAAUUAAUACCACCUGAUAUACAUGGUUUGCUUCAUACCAGUAAAAUAUCGUCAAACUCAUUGAACCUAUUUUAUUAAAUGUCUUCAAUAAUUGAAUGGUUUAUAUACAGAAUGAAGUAAUUUUCAUUAUCCUAGCUUAGUAGGUAGAGCAGGAUAUGUUGUGGUGAUAUUCGCUAGAUUUCUAGAUUAUAUGAAGUACAAUAUUUAAAUAGUAACACAAGUUAUGAUAGACGUAAACAUUCUGGUACUAGAAGAAAAUGGUGUGUCGACUGACUUCUAAGGAUUUUAAAUAUUUCGGAGUGUUAGUUCUGCAAAGUUAGUAAGUUAUACGAGAUUCCUUAAGAAAGAUACGACCGACCUGUAGUAAUAGUUCAGUGUAAUAGAACUAUGUAAUACGGUUUCUGACUUCUUAAUACUGGAACUCAGCAUCGAAUAAUCCGCAUAUUCAUCCUUGAAACACCAGCGCAGCAGUUCCGCGUCUUCGUCCUGGGAACGCCUCUCGGUGGUUCUGGAUGGAAUCGAACUGACGAUUAUUCCGUAGAUUUCUAUUUCUUCGUCCUGGGAACGCCUCUCGGUGGUUCUGGAUGGAAUCAAACUGACGAUUAUUCCGUAGAUUUCUAUUUCUUCGUCCUGGGAACGCCUCAAUAAUUCUUAUAAUCUUCGUAACCGUGGUUUGUUAUCUUCAUCCUGGGAACGCCUGAAUACUUCUUGAAAUUCUUCGUAUAAAUAAUUUAUUUUCGUCUAACUGGGAACACUUGAAUAAUUAUUAUAAUCUUCGUAUAUGUUGUCCUUUUUCUUCAAAUCAAUAAUUAUUUUCAAAUUAUCAGUAGAAUAAAUUUCUCCUAUUAUUUUAUGCAAUUCUUCUAAAUAAUUAAAAUUAGUGAUGGCCCGAUAUUCAAUAUUCGAUAUCGGAGAUCGGUAAUAUCGGCACAUUUUUCAAUAUCGGACAUCAGUAAAUACUUGCGAUAUUUUGAUAACCGAUGUUUGCUUUCGCCAAUAAUACUUCUCACAUAACCUUAAGCCCUUUUCACAAUACCGCGACGCGACGCGAUGCGACGUGACGUCAUACCAAACCAGCCAAUCACAACUACAUCGCCCGCGAUGCGCGACAGCUCACUUGGCGACGAGGCUGUUUCGUCGCUUCGGCGAUGUCGCUAAUGACGUCAGAAAUAACAGCCAAUCGGAAACAAGAUUGUGGUAAAGAAGAAGAAGAACUGAAAACAAGGGUUAAGAAACGAUGUAUUGAUGCAUCUAAGUAAUGUGGAUUUUGUUCAAUUGAAAUUAGUUUUGAAGAACGUCUGAUUGAUGUUCAGAAAAAGCCGUGUUUGUACGAUGUUUCUAGUACCUAACAAAUAUUGUAAUCAGACGGAGAAAAAUAAUGCUUGGUUAGAAAUAUAUUAUGGGCUUCGCGAUUCCUAUCCAUAAUUAAAUGCUUCUACCAGUCAGUCAGUGUACAAAUAUAAUAACAACAAUCUGAAUAUUACCACCAAGAACUUUUGUUUACAACCAUGUUGCAAAAUAUCCCCAGCAGAGUGCAGGCUGGUUCGUUUUUUUUUUUUUCGCCAGCUGCAUGGCGAUCGCGUCGCGCUAUUAUGAAGUGCACUAGCUGGCGACAUAUACCGUAUAUACUCGUGUAUAGCGCGCCCUUUUUUCCCCUCAAGUAAAGGAAAAAAAUAAGGAUGCGCGCUAUACACGGGGAAAAAAAAUUUUUGGGGGGGGGGGGGAGGCGGGGAGGAGUGGAAGUCGUUAACUGCCGGGUGACGGGUGACGUUUCUGGCCAGCCCCCACACAUAAGCUCAAGCAACAAGGCCUCUGUUUCACACACACACACACACACACGCACACGCGCGCGCGCGCAAGCAAGCUCGCACAUCAUGGUCUCUUGUUUAUUUUUAGACCUCCCCCCUUUACAGAAAGCCAGCUCAGAAGCUAGUAAAAAGAGAGAGAGAGAAAGAGAGAAUGUUGUCACCAGUUCCCCCCCCCCCCCCCGGCAACUUCUUCGCUUCCUCCAUUCCUCACCGGUGAGUCAUCAAGUUCUCCGCGCCAGCUUAGCAACGUAGCGCGGCACGCCUCCCUCCCUUCCUUCCUUCCACGUACCAGUUGUGACGAUAUAGCGCUUCAUUAUCUUCCGUUUAGACAGCAGAGUUUAUGUAUUUUCCUGACGCAUCACCACACAUCAAUUUAAAUAAUCAGGUACCACAAAAUGUUAGUAAAAUUUAUUUAUGGGGGAAAAAAAAAUUUCAAUUUUUUUUUCUUUGGAAUUAGUUGCAAAAAUCGUGGUGCGCGCUAUACACGAGGGCGCGCUAUACACGAGUAAAUACGGUAUAUAAGUCGCUGCCUUCGCUAAAUAUCGUCGCCAGAUCGCGUCGCAUCGCGUCGCAUUGCGGUAUUGUGAAAAGGCCUUUAACCGUAAUUCCAAGCUUAUUUUCCGUGGGCGUAAUUUAUCUUUCUUCACGUCACCAUAUUACCUAUUAAUUCCAAGCAUAAUUUCCACUGAAACAAUUUCAAGCCUAUUUUUUCUUUCUGAUACUGCAAUGCAUCCCGACGGUACAAUUCUUCCAUGUGUACACAAAUCCCAGUCAUUAGUGCAUAUUUAUUUGUUUCAGAUAUUCGCAAAAUGUUUUAGCAUGAUAAAUUUUCAAAGUUCAGUGUACAUAAAUUGAAAACAUAAACAAAAAUAAUUACGAUAUUUAAUUUAAUAAGUGAUGUAGCUGUAAGUAAACAUGAAGAAGAAUAAAGUUGCUGCUUGAUAUAACAGGCAUUUUCUUUCCGUGUCGUUUCAUGGUCGCCAACUGCUGUUCUAUACAAAGACGUUACGUAUGUUUUCCAAAGCUAAAAUAUGAAACGUGUUUAAGUAGGGCAAGUUGCAGCAAAGGUAUUAUGUUGGCUAUAUUAUUGAGUGCAUUGCCAAUAACAUAAAUAAAGAUAUGUGGUUUUAUAAUCUCUGCAGUACGUUUCAAAGUUGUAUUGAAAUUACUUUUCACGUAUUUUUAACGUGUUUUCCCACCAAUAAAUGGAGUGAUACACUUGAACAAUGGUCACAAAAUUUGCUAAUUGAAGACCUUCCUUUCUAGCGUGUCGUUUACCGUGAUGAAAUUAUGCAAAGGGUACAAAAGUUUGAUGUUUUUCGGACGGUAUUUUUCGUAGAUUACAGUUGAGACACUGGACUAAGUACAUGCAGUGACUCGUGAAUUUGAAUUUAGAGAGCUUAUUUGUAGGCCAUUAUGAUAAUUUCAUUAUUAGCUUUCAUUUAAUGUGAUUUUACAAUUAAUAAAAAUAAUAUACAUUCACAUAAGUAUGUUUUAUUAAUAUUUAACAUUUUUCAUUAUUGUCUCUAACAAUACUCCAGAACCACAAUUUUAUAGAAUCAGUAUUAGAAAUGAGAUAGGUAGGCCUAUUAUCGGGUAUCGGGUAUCGGAUCGGUAAAUUUGGAAAUAUCGGAAUCAGUAUCGGUAUCGGGUUGGUGGAUAUCGGGCCAUCACUAAUUAAAAUGCCAUAAUUUUCAAUUUCUUCUGUAAUGCAAUUAUACGUCGUGCUUCUACGAAUAUUCGAAUAUUAAUUAUCGUUUUUGUUUUCUCCGUCAAAAUUCCAAACAAAACUUUUAUUUUCGAGCAAUAGUUUUUGUUCUACCGUCUUCGUCCAAUACCAGAGUGUUUUACAAAAUUUAGUUAUAUAAUAUUAAGCAGAAACUUGAAAAUACAUUUCUUAUUGGCUUAACAAAAUAUCUAAUUACUUGAGCAAAGAAGUUCGAUACUAAAAGAUAUACCUGCAAAAUUAUUAACUUAUGGUUCAUAGAGAAAGUGUGUCAAAAUAAUACUGUAAUUUAAUAAAACUUAAACCUAUUUUCUGUUAAUGUGCAGCCCGGUGGACUCACGGGUUCGACUAGACUGCAAGCUAUUGAAACAAAAAGUGUAAUUAUUCAGAGAGGUGUAAAUGUAGUUAUAGAACAGGACUAACCACAUUCGUUAACUUGUUUUUUAUUGAUAACAAUCAUGAGUAUAAAUGCUUAAUACAUGCAUAACAAUGUAUGUGAACAAAACGUGCUCUAUUACGACGCAUUAAAACAAUCAAUCGCAACAAGUCCGCAAGAAAGUUAAAAAUAUAACGUGAACCAUUAUGAUGCGGUACCUCAAUAAACGCAGCAUGAAAACAAUACUGGGAGUAUACAAUAGGCUACAGUAAAAUAGAAGAUUAUUAAAAUGCAGCAGUAUUACAGGAGUAUAAAACCCCGGUGGACUGCGCAGGCCAUAUAAAAAAUGAUUCAAACAAACAAAACAAUUUAGACAGAAUCAAAACGAAUAAAUAGCCCUAAAUGUGGAGGUUCGGUGCGGCCAGGGGAGAGAUUAUGCAAACCCAAACUCGAUAUUGGCUCACACGAAAAACACACACUAAAAUACCAGAGCACUGGAUUUAAAAGAACGUUAGAAACAAACAACACAUACAAGUAUGUAAUAAAAAAAAUGCCAGCAGGACUAAUAUCAAUUAGGCCAAAGAGAAUACAUCAAAACAUCAUGCCACAUAAAGCUUAACUUGAGACACGUGACAUUUUUAAAAUUUAUUAACUUGAAGUGACUUUAAUAAUAGCAUAUUAGGGGCUAACAACCUAUGUAUUACAUAAGGCCCUUCAAAAGGAGCCAGCAAUUUCACAUUUAACUGGGCUCAAAGACUAGGCAAAACACAAGACUGGCACAAAACACAAUCUCCAACCUUAAAAUCAUGGGCUGCUCUGUGUUUAUUAUAAGCGGUAACAACCUCCUGCAGACCUGCCAACUUGUACGAUUCUGCCGUAAUUUGUACGGGUAAUUGCAGUUCUUACGUUUUUACGGGGAGCAGCAUUAAUUUUACGCAUUACGUUUCUGCUGGCCUGAAAUUCUACAUCGACUCACGGGCUAGCGUUUUCAAUCUCGUGCCAUAAAAUAGUAUUGGUAAAAUAAAAAAUAAAAUUGCAUUGGUAAAUACCAUAAAUGUACAGUUUUUGUUCCGUAUAUUUGUUAGAACAGUGCCGUAAAUGUCACGUACAAUACCACAGUUUUGUAAUGGUUUUUAUGGCAAGAAGAAAGGAAGUACCGAUUUUUACGUGCUGCAAGAUUGUUUUAACUGUAUUUUGUGGUACAUGUACUGUAGUUUACAGUACAGAAUACCAUAUAUUUGCACUGACCCGGCAACAUUUUUUGCCGCGCUUCCACAGUACUGCGCUGUGGUGAAUACUUUAGAAAUUGUUAGAUUCAGUCAUCAGACAUCGUAAUUGUAGACUGGACAGUUGUAUAUGCGACAAUGUGACGUCAUUCAUUCACUUAAAAUAGUAACCUUUAUCUACGGGAUAAUGGCACGGACCGCCCAGAGGCCACAGGUUCAGACUGUUGUAGAUGGGCCCGUCGUGUACGAGAUUGCAGGUUAUGUCCACGCAUGUAGUGUUGUGUUUGAUAACAAAUAGUGGUUUGGUUUACAUUAAUUAAAAACUAUAGUGGUUCAGUGAAAGCAAAAUAUUUACAAUACAGUUAUGUUUGGGAGUGUAUUUGAGUUUCACAUACAUUUCGUUGUGUAGUGAAGCAAGAAAGACAUAAAGUUGUUUGAGUCAA